UGAUAUUUUUUUUAUAAUCUAUAAUCUAUUCUAAGAAUAAGUGAAAGUUUAUUGAAAACAUUUUGCCACAUGCAAUUCGAGGUCAAUCGUUAUAGUUGAAAUAAUCUUCAAGUACAAAUAAGUGUAGAAAUCGAAGUGAUCUGAUGAUUAAUAGAUAACGCAAUACAUAGUUAUCAUCCGUGAGUAAUAUUAAUUUAAUAUAAGAUGGGCGGAAAAAAUUGUAAAGGACUUCUACCAAUAAAUUCUAAUACUCUGCCAGGCAAAUCAACAAAGACAGGUAAACCAGAAAAAUAUGACUAUGUUGAAGAUGUGGUGUGCAUGGAAACAGAUAUUAGAGAAAAUGAAAUGAAACUCUUGCCACUUGGACAAAAUGGAGGAAAAAUCUUAUUAAUUAAACAAAAAGGACAAAUACAUGCUAUUGGUACAAAAUGUACACAUUAUGGGGCUUUACUUCAUACAGGAGCACUAGGAGAUGGAAGAAUAAGAUGUCCAUGGCAUGGUGCAUGUUUUAAUAUUAAAACAGGAGAUAUAGAAGACUAUCCAGGAUUAGAUUCUUUACCUUGUUUCCAGGUAAAUAUAGAUACAUCUGGUUUUGUACACGUGAAAGCAAAUCGCAAAGAUUUAGAAUUCAGUAGAAGGAUAAAAGAUAUGUGCGAGCGAGAUCCCAAUAACACUAAUACUGUUAUAAUAGUUGGAGGUGGACCAGCAGCUGCAACAUGUGCAGAAAGUUUGCGACAAGAAAAUUUUACAGGAAAUAUUACUAUGAUUUGUAAGGAAAAUGUACUACCAUAUGACAGAGUAAAGGUAUCCAAAGCUUUUGAUCUAGAUAUUGAAAAAAUAAUUUUAAGACCAAAUUCAUUUUACAAAGACCACAAAAUUGAAACUAAAUUGGAUAUAGAAGCCAUAGGAUUAGAUACAAAUAAUAACAUUCUUCAUUUAAAUAAUAAUGAAAAAUUAAUAUACAAUUAUUUAUUUAUUUGUACUGGAAGUAUGGCCAGAAUGCCUGAAAUACCUGGUGUUAAUUUAUCUAAUAUCCAUGUAUUAAGAAAUUAUACAGAUGCUCAAACUAUAAAUUCAAAAUUGUCAAUUGAAAAACAUGUUAUAAUAUUAGGAUUAGGUUUUAUUGCUAUGGAAGCUGCUGCUUUUUGUGCAAAAAAAUGUGCAUCUAUCACUAUCAUUGGAAGAGGUAAAACUCCUUUACAACCAGUAUUUGGAACAGAUAUUGGUAAUAGAAUCAAACAGCAAUUUGAAAAUGAAGGUAUUAAAUUUAUAUUUGAACAUGAUAUUACACAAUUUGUUGCAAAAAAAGAUGACAGUACUGCUGUAGGUACAGUUGUACUUAAUGAUGAUCAAAUUCUUCCUGCUGAUAUAGUAAUUAUUGGAAUUGGAGCAGAAGUAUAUACUGAAUGGAUAAAGCAGUCUCCUAUUGAAAUGCUACCAGAUGGAACCAUUAAAGUGGAUAAGUAUUUGAAAACAAAUGUAGAAAAUAUAUAUGCUGGUGGAGAUGUAGCUUAUGCGCCUUUAUUUGGCUCUGAUGAAAUUUCAGCUGCAAUAGGUCAUUAUCCGUUAGCACAUUAUCAUGGUAAAAUAGCAGCAUUAAAUAUAUCUGGUAAAACUACUGCUUUAAAUGCUGUACCAUUUUUUUGGACAACAUUAUUUGGAAAGAGUUACAGAUAUGUGGGAUAUGGAAAACCAGAGAAAAUUAGAAUUUACGGUUCUUUAGAGAAAUUGGAAUUUUUUGCAUAUUAUAUUAAAAAUAAUAAAGUUAUUGCUAUGAGUAGUGUUGCGGCAGAUCCUAUUGUAUCAGAUUUUGCAAAUUUUCUAUAUGAGGGAAAAACAUUAACAGAAACAGAAAUUAAUAGAGAUCCAUUUAAUUGGAUAAGAAACAAACCAAAGGAUUUACAUACCAGAUUUCGAAAUGAAAUUAUUGUAAAUCCAUAAAUCAAACAUAUGUGAGAAGAGAAAUUUAUUCAAGUGGAAAAUUAAAUGAAAUUAUUAUGCUUAA